AUGGCAUCAGCAGAUCAACAUGCCUGUGAACCGUGUUCAAGAGGUGAGACCGUCUCAACUGGUUACAGCUGGUGUUCUGACUGCGAGGAAAUAUUAUGUGAUGUUUGUGACAAAUCUCACAGAGUAAACAAACUGACUCUGUCGCAUAAUCUGACGGAGAUACGAGAAUUACCGUUUAUUCCGAAAGAAACUGUUACCAACUUCCGAUUAUGUGGCAAUCACCCAGAAAAGAUCGUUGACUUUUAUUGUGCAUUUCAUGACGUCGUUUGCUGUCAGACAUGCAUAGCUGAAAGUCAUCGAGCCUGUCAGCAGGUUAAAGUUGUCGAUGAUGUAUCUGGUGAUAUCAAAUCGUCGGCUUUAGUGGAAGAUGUAUCGAAAGCAGUGUCAUACUUACUGAAAACAUUACAGUCAGUCAUAGAGAAUAGGAAUAAUAAUAAAGAAUUGGUGUUUUUGCAAGAACCAUUAAUUAAAACAUCAAUUGCAAAGUUAAAAAAAGAUUUACUUCAACACGUUGAAUCGCUUGAAAAAUCUCUCCUCUCUGAAUUGUCAAAACUGAAAUCAAAAGCUGUAUCUCAACUUGAUACCGAUUUAGCCGAAACAAAAUCAAUGAGCGAAAGUUGGCAGAAGAUUAAACAAGAACUUGAUUUCAACAUCGAACAUGGCUCCAAUAACCAGUUAUUUUGUUCGGUUCAAAAUCUAAAGAAUAAGAUAUCAGACGAAGAAAUGAAACUUCAAGACAAUUUAACAAGGACUAUGAACUUAGAUUUGGAAUACUUUGUAGAGGAAGACUUAUAUAUGCGACAUAAUUUCAUCACAUUGCAAAGUAAAAAUUGCAUAUCAGCAUUGCGGUAUUAG